UCUAAGGUGACAUUCACGGUACUAUGCGGAAUAUUACUUGUAAAGCCAUGUGUAACAGUGGAGAUUGAAUUGACUUUCCCUCUGAAUGUUGGUGAACUUGAAGAUGGAUUGUUCCGGUUAGAUUAUUUGCCACAUCGAGGUUAUCCUGCUCCAAACAUCACAUUUAGUGCCAAAGAGGCUGCUAAUGGAAUUGUAAUCGCUAAUGCAUUAUCUGGGACAGAAUAUAUAUUUUACUUGUAUUAUACCAAUGCUUCUUUGAUCAACCGGUUGUAUUGGUCAUCCACUAUAGCAACAGAGCCUGAUCCUCCCACCAAUUUAUUAAUUAAACCACUUUCAAGCAAAAUAGUGGAUAUAUUCUGGAAUCCACCAGCAAGAGGAAAAUAUACUGGUUAUCAGCUCUCAAUUAUCUCAGCAUCCGAACAAGAUAGUAUUGCGAUACGAAAUAUUCAGGUUGACAAGAAAUCUACGUCAUACAAGAUACGAGGUCUUACCCCUGGUGGUACAUAUGAAAUUCGACUUUAUUCUGUGUUCAAGAAUAAAGAAUCCUCGGUUUUUGUGGCUGCAAACUUUACAACAAAACCAAGCACUCCAGGAAGAUUCAUUGUGUGGUUUAGAAAUGAAACUACCCUUCUUGUGUUGUGGCAACCACCAUAUCCACCUGGUAUUUUCAAUUUAUACCGUGUAAGCAUAAAGCCUGAAGAUUCUGAUCAGUCAGUUUUGUAUGUAGAGAAAGGAGGUGAACCACCAGGACCUGCUCAAGCAGCCUUCAAUGAACUUGUUCCUGGAAGAGCUUACAAUAUUUCUGUUCAGACUAUCAGUGAGAAUGAAGUUAGCAUAUCAACAGAAGCAGAAUACAGAACAGUUCCCCUUCCUCCAUCUGAUGUCACAUUUGAAAUGAAAACUUUGACACCCUACUCUGUUGAUGUUUUGUGGUCACCUCCCACAUUGCCUUCAGAAUUUGAUCGCUAUCAGGUUUCCAUGGGGCUGAAAAACUCAGUGAGAAAGAUUGUUAAAAAAGAAGAGAAAAGAGUAGCCAGGUUUGUUGAAGGAUUAGAACCUGGCCAAACCUACGAAGUAGAUGUGAAGACUAUCAGUGGUUCUGUUGCUAGUUGGCCUGUGACAGGCAAUGUGACCACCAGACCAUUGCCUGUUGUACAUUUGGUUGCAACACUGGGAAACCCUGGAGAAAUAUUAGUAGAAUGGCAGCCAAACAGUAAAAGCACCCAGGACUCUUUUCUGAUAAACUAUCAAGAAACUGAGGCUUUCAAUGGUGAUAAAAAAGGUGCUACUAUUCAAGAAACACUGUAUCAAAUAAAUAGCCUUCAACCAGGAAGAAGAUAUUCAAUUAAUGUGGUUGCUGUGAGUAAAGGUGUUCAUAGUGAACUAAGCCUGAUUUAUCAAACUACAAGACCCACACCUCCAGUGAUUAAAAUUGUAGAACCAGUUAUUUCAGGCUUCAACGUUUCCUGGAAGUCUGAUGUCGUAAGUCAGCAAGAUUCAUAUGUAGUUGAAUACAUUCGUAAUGACACUGGCCACACUAAUGAAGAAAUCACUAACAGUCACUGGCUGUUACUAAAUAACUUGUAUUCUGGUGCAGUAUAUGAGAUUAAGCUCUAUGCCCAGAGUUACGGACUGAAAAGUGAACCUCAUUCAUAUUUUCAGGCUGUUUAUCCCAAACCACCAGAAAAACUUCAAACUGUGAAAGCUAGUAACUCUACAAUAAUUUUAAAGUGGAUUGCCCCAUCAAACUCCUUAGUGGACCACUAUAUAGUUCAUUACAGGCCAGCUUAUUCUAACUUUUUGAGAGAAGUAGGAAUAGUGAAUGCUACAUCAUCUGAAAUAAGUAACUUAGUUGCUGGUGUGUGGUACAUUGUCAGCAUUGCUUCUGUUAGUAACCUUGUUGAAAGCAAAGAAGUUAGUGAAUUAGAACAGUCAACAUACCCUAAUUCUGUCAAACAUGUGCGUUACAUCUUGGACUCCUACAAUGUAACAUUUGAAUGGAUUGCCCCACAAGGAAGAGUAGACUACUACCUUAUUGUUUACAAUGCUGUUCAAAAACCAUUAGCUCAAAUUUCACAGCAGAUAUUUGCUACUGAGACACAGCAAGGAGAAAUGGUGAGUGUGAUUGUAGGCAAGCUGAAACCUGGAGAAUUGUAUUCAGUUCAUUUCUAUGCUGUCAGUAACAAUUUACAAAGUGAAGGCACUGGCAUUCAAAUGCGUACAAUGCCUGUGAUUGAUUCAGUACUAAAUAUAGUAGUUGAUGAACAUGAAACUCAGACCCUGAUGAUUAAGUACACGCCAACUCCUUCACAAAAUGUGGUAUUUGACCGGUAUCGUUUUCAACUUAGUGAUUUGGCAGUACCAGCCCAAGAGAAACUUUACAAUGACAUGAAUCAUUUAGUAAUUUUUGACAAUCUUUUACCUGGUCAUCUUUAUAAUAUUACCAUUUGGACUGUGAGUGGAGGAGUAUACAGUGUGCCAACAUACAGACAGGCUCGAUUAUACCCAGAUCAUGUAAGGAACAUCAAUGCUAUUAGAAUUACAGACACAAGUAUAAGCUUAACAUGGGAUGUACCUAAUGGUGAGAAGGAUAGUUAUGAAGUGCAGUAUCUGGAUCACAAAGGAAUUUUACAAUGGAAUACGACUGCAGUGGAACAAAUAACAUACUUUAACUUGCAUCCUCAUCAUAAUUACACCUUUGCAGUGACUGUCGUUAGUGGAUAUGGUACAUCUACUGUUCGUAGAAGUCUUUCUUUAUCCAGAACAUUUCAAACUUUAGAAUCUGUUCCAGGAAAAGUUCACUUGUUCAAAGCCAUUGAUAUUAGGCCAUCAUCCAUAACACUCCAAUGGUCUCUUUCCCCACAUGACCAACAUGGAAUACUCACUGGAUUCCAAGUCACCUAUUUUGAUAAAGAAUUAUUAGUUGUUCGUCGUCAUGUGUUCAAACCAACAGAGACCAUAGGAACCAUAUAUCACCUUAUUCCAGGAAAAUCCUAUGUGUUUGAGAUCCAGGCACUAACACAGGUUGGUCCUGGGAACAAAGUGGUUUACAAAGAAGUCCUUCCUAUUUGGGCUCCUCCUUCACCAUCCCGUAGCAUUUAUCCUAUUGUUAUUGGUCAAACAUCCACAACAAUAGACGUCAAAUUCCAUAAGAAUUUUUUCUCUAACAACCAUGGUCCCAUCAAAGCCUACACAUUGAUUGUUGCUGAAGACACUGGAAAGGAUUCCAGCAGUUGGAAGCUUCCAUCAUGGGCAGAUAUUCAGACUUAUUCUUCUUGGCCUCCUUAUCAGGUGACAAAACCAUAUCAUCCGUUCAAUAACAGUGCAGAAGAAAACUUCAUCAUAGGCAACAUGGAUUGUUCAGGAGUAACAGAAUACUGUAAUGGUCCUUUGAAAGCAGGAGCUACAUAUAGAAUUAAACUCCGAGCCUAUACAACACCUAGGAAGUUUACAGACACUGUGUACUCUCCUGCUGUUCAAACAGAUCCAGAUAAUACUGUUCUUAUUGUUGGAAUUCUGGUUCCUCUCUUUCUUCUGGUUGCUGGAGCUGUUAUUGUAAUUGUUUUAUGUCGUCAUCGACUUAAACCUUUCAUUAAAAAAAAUGCAGACAUUUAUGGAAAAGGUGAUACCCUUUCAGUUCCUGAAGGUGAAAUCAUAACAAGUCGGCCCAUCAAGUUGAGAGAUUUUGCAGACUAUUGUAGGAUCAUGUCAGCAGACUCUGAUUUUCGGUUUUCUGAAGAGUUUGAACUUCUGAAACACGUAGGACGUGAAAAACCAUGUACUGCUGCAGACAUUCCAGUUAACAGACUGAAGAAUCGAUUCACCAAUAUUUUACCUUAUGAUCACUCUCGCGUAAAACUACUUCCGACAGAUGAUGAGGAAGGAUCGGAUUAUAUCAAUGCUAACUAUGUUCCUGGGUACAAUUCUCCUAGAGAGUUUAUAGUAACACAAGGACCACUUCAUAGUACUAGGGAUGAUUUCUGGAGAAUGGUCUGGGAACAAAACUCCAAUAGUAUCGUUAUGCUAACUCGUUGUAUUGAGAAAGGACGUGAAAAGUGUGAUCACUAUUGGCCCUUUGACAUGCAACCUGUAUAUUAUGGAGAUAUUCAGGUUACCAUAUUGAAUGAAUCUCAGUAUCCUGAUUGGACAGUAUCAGAGUUCCAGGUCUCCAGGGGUGACCAGUCUCGCACAGUACGGCAUUUUCAUUUCACAACCUGGCCAGAUUUUGGUGUUCCAGACCCUCCACAAACACUUAUAAAAUUUGUUCGAGCCUUCCGAGAACAUCAAUUUCCAGAUAACAGACCAGUGAUUGUGCAUUGUAGUGCUGGUGUUGGGAGAUCAGGGACCUUCAUUGCUCUAGACCAGAUCCUGCAGUGUAUUAAGAAGUGUGACUCUGUGGAUAUCUUUGGUCUAGUCUAUGAAAUGAGGAAAGAGAGGGUUUGGAUGGUUCAAAAUGAGCAACAGUACAUUUGUGUCCACCAGUGUCUACUCUGUGUAUUAGAAGGAAAAGAAGAUAUGAUUGUAGCACCUAACAGACCAGAAGUUCAUGAUAAUCAGGGGUUUGAAGAUGAUGAAGGAAUUGCAGAGUCUGGAAUAUAGGACUUAUUCUCUUCACUCAGGCAAAUCACUGUACAUACUUGAAGUAACAUUCCAUGAUUGAAACUUUAUAAACUCUCAAGUACUACCAUGUGACUAUUUAACUUUUAUGUAGUUAUUUAUAUAGGUAUUGAUUGAAUGGUAACUUUGACUAGUAAGAAUUAUUUUCUGAAAAUGUAACUAGCAGUUUGUUUGUCUGACUCCAGUUUAUAAUUACCUGUAAAUAUUUAAGUUAUAACAUUUUCAGUAUGAGUUAGAUUUUUGACUAACAGUGUUUAUCUAUUUAUUUAAUUAUUUGAGGGGUAAAUUAGUUAAACAAUGAAGCUAUUAUUGUGAGCUGAAAAUGCAAGUGAUUGAAAUAUUAACCUUGAUAUAUGAAACUGGAAGACAAUGCUAAGCCCAAUUUUGCCAAUGCAUCAGUAAUGGAGUUACAUUAAGGUUAUGAAAUUUCAUGUUUGAAAAAUAUACUCUAAUUUGUAUUUUCUUU